AUGCCGGAACUUCUUGUCUCAGAGGAUGAGUCUAUCAAGCUUGAACAACUAUUAACGAGUAAUCCAAAUGUGGGGGGAUUUGGUCAGGGAGAUGCCGAGAUAGUACUUCAAGAUCCGUUACGCAGCAUCUGUUGUUCUGGCACAAAUAUUUUUAAUCUAAGGUUUGCUCCUGUUGUAGAAACAAUUCUAUCUGUUCCCGAAUAG